GUCGCGUACUGCCGCUGGACAAGCGAUGCAUCCGAGCGGCUGAUGGCAGCAUGGAGAGGCCCAGACGGCGUCGAUGUAGCGCCCCGUGUGAAUGCCAGGAUGCAGCACGGUCGAGCAGCUUCAGGCCUGCAGCCCGACCAGGGGAAUGAUGAGCUCGGUCAUCAAACGCGGCAGCAAGACAGUUCAUCACUCGGCAACGAGCCAGGACGCUCGCACAAUCCAUACGAAAACUGUUCGAGAUCUGACCAAGAAGCUUAUCCACCCUACUCGGCUGCCAAGAGCUCGACUGCUCUUCAUACAGCCUCACCGUCACUCGCGCAAUCCAAUCACUCGCCAUGGGAUGCCAGCGACUAUCCUGCAGAGCCGAUAGACUCACCGGGCUUGCAUAGCUCGGGCUAUGAAGCCAGAACGUAUCUGCAGAGUCAGAACCCAGCCUCGUAUGGCGCACAGUCUGCUUGGUCGCACGGUACCGCUCAGGACGAGGCAGAGGUGAGACGCGAGCCAUACGAGACCAUUAGAUCAGCCAAGAUGACUUCCGAGCAGUACUCGGGCCUCCCUUCUGCGAGCUCGCGCGAAGCAUCACCGUACAGCAGCGAGCGCAAACCCGCUUGUCGCUCGUCAGCCUCACAGAUACCCCUGACAGAGGCAGCAUACCCACCGACAUGCUUUGAAGCAUCGAAAAGUAGCAAGGGCGAGCCGACUGCUGACGAGACAGACUACCUCGAUACGCUCCCAAAAGGCGACAGGCCUCGAAAGCGCCGGCGAGUAAGAUUUGGCGACAUUUUCGGCCGAGGAUCUUCUGGGUCUGAUGGAUCCGAGCGCAAGAUCUACUGCAACGAUCCAGAGCGCAACGCUCAACAGAGAUACAAGAACAAUUCUGUUUCGACAACAAAGUACAAUCUCGCGACUUUCCUGCCAAAGUUCCUAGGAGAGCAAUUCAGCAAGUAUGCAAACGUCUUCUUCUUAUUCACUGCGUGCGUGCAGCAGAUUCCCAAUGUUUCGCCCACGAAUCGGUUCACGACAAUCGUUCCGCUCUUCAUCGUGCUGCUCGUCGCCGCAUUCAAGGAGCUGCAGGAGGAUCUCAAGCGGCAUGCAAGCGAUCGUGCACUCAAUGGCAGACAAGUCAACGUGCUACAAGAUCGCGCCUUUGUCGCUCGUCAAUGGCGAGAUCUGCGAGUCGGCGACAUCGUUCGCCUGGUGUCAGACGAUUCGUUUCCUGCAGAUCUGUUGCUGCUCAGUAGUAGCGAGCCCGAUGGCCUUUGCUAUAUCGAAACGAGCAAUCUGGACGGCGAGACGAAUCUGAAAAUCAAGCAGGCUUCGCCAGAGACGGCGCAUCUCAUGUCCCCGGAGGCGAUCGCCGGUCUGGACGGCUACUUGAGAUCCGAACAGCCUAAUAACUCGCUCUAUACUUACGAAGGCACACUGGCCGUGCCCCGAAAGUCAGGAGCGUUCAGAGAAGUGCCCAUGAGCCCUCAGCAAAUACUUUUGCGAGGGGCACAGCUGCGCAAUACCGCGUGGAUGUACGGUCUCGUCGUCUUUACAGGCCACGAGACCAAGCUCAUGCGGAAUGCGACUGCUACGCCCGUCAAGCGAACUGCGGUCGAGCGCAUGGUCAACGUCCAGAUUCUCUUUCUCUUCCUGAUACUGCUCUUGCUGGGCUUCGGCUCAGCGUUCGGCGCCUACAUUCGGGAGCAUGUGUAUGGCGACCAAAUGUGGUAUCUCUUGCUGGGCUCAGAGACUGCGUCUAGCCGAACAAUGACAUUCGUCGAAGACAUCUUGACCUUCAUCAUCUUGUACAACAAUCUGAUACCCAUCUCACUCAUCGUAACUAUGGAGGUCGUCAAAUUUCAGCAGGCGGUGCUCAUCAAUGCCGACUUGGACAUGUAUUAUGACAAGACGAAAACAGCAGCCCUUUGUCGGACGUCCAGUCUGGUCGAAGAGCUUGGCCAGAUCGAAUAUGUUUUCUCCGACAAGACAGGCACUUUGACUUGCAAUGAGAUGCAGUUUCGACAAUGCUCGAUUGCCGGCAAGCGAUACGCAGAUCAUGUCGACGAAAGCACUGGAGCGGACGUCUUCUCCUUCACGGAUCUCAAACGGCAUGCGGUGGCGCCUGAUCUAGCGGACGUCAUCAAGGAGUUCCUGACCCUGCUUGCGACUUGCCACACUGUCAUACCAGAGCAGAAAGCCAGCAAGAUCGUCUAUCAAGCCUCGAGUCCCGACGAAGCUGCUCUGGUGUCAGGCGCAGAGAUGCUUGACUAUCGCUUUACGACGCGAAAGCCUCACGCCGUCAUAAUUGAUGUUGAUGGCAGAUCUGAAGAGCAUCUGGUGCUUAACGUGUGCGAGUUCAACAGCACGCGCAAACGUAUGUCGACGAUCUUGCGAGGCCCAGAUGGGCGGAUCAAGCUCUACUGCAAAGGCGCAGACACGGUCAUCCUCGAGCGCAUGUCAGGCCAGCAAUCCUAUACUACGGACACGCUGUCACACCUGCAGCAAUACGCGACCGAGGGUCUGCGCACCCUUUGCAUCGCAAUGCGAGAGAUACCGGAAGAUGAAUAUCGCCAGUGGUCUCAAGUCUAUGACAGGGCGGCUGCUACAAUCAACGGACGCAGCGAGGCUCUCGAUCAAGCGGCGGAACUCAUAGAAAAGGAUCUCACGCUGUUGGGCGCGACAGCGAUAGAAGACAGGCUGCAAGACGGCGUGCCCGACACGAUCCAUACGUUACAGCAAGCCGGCAUCAAAGUCUGGGUGCUCACUGGCGAUAGGCAAGAGACUGCGAUCAACAUCGGUCUCUCUUGCCGCCUCAUCUCGGAUGCAAUGGAGCUUGUCAUCAUCAAUGAGGACGAUGCACUGGCCACAAAGGCCUUCAUAGACAAGCGUCUGGCAAUGCUCGAUGGCAAAGUAGAUGUGCCACCGCUCGCUUUGAUAAUCGAUGGCAAGAGCCUCGCUUUCGCGCUGGAGAAGCCACUCUCGAAGGACUUUCUACGUCUAGCGGUCAAAUGCAAAGCAGUCGUCUGCUGUCGGGUUUCGCCAUUGCAGAAAGCGCUAGUCGUCAAGCUCGUCAAGAAGAACGAAAAGGCGAUCUUGCUCGCCAUUGGCGACGGAGCGAACGACAUCGGCAUGAUUCAGGCCGCUCACCUCGGCGUCGGCAUCUCUGGCGUCGAGGGUUUGCAAGCUGCGCGAUCCGCCGACGUAGCGAUCUCCCAAUUCCGUUAUCUCAAGAAGUUGCUGUUGGUGCAUGGCGCGUGGAGCUACCGCCGUCUAUCGCUCUUGAUCCUGUACAGCUUCUACAAAAAUGCGGUCAUAAGCGCAAUCAGCUUCUGGUUCUCCUUUAACAGCUCGUUCUCCGGUCAAGUGCUUUACGAGUCAUGGACGCUCACCAUGUACAACAUCUUCUUCACUGUCUUACCGCCACUUGCUCUGGGCGUAUUCGACCAAUUUGUCAAUGCGCGCAUGCUAGAUCGAUACCCAGAGCUAUACCUGCUAGGUCAGCGCAACGCAUUCUUCACCAAGCGCAUCUUUUGGUGCUGGUUCUUAGAUGCCAUAUAUCAUUCGAUUAUCAUCUUUGUCUGCGCGGCAGGCGUCUUUUGGGAUGAUCUUGUCCUGACCGACGGCCUUGAUGCGGGCCAAUGGCUGUUCGGCACGACAGUCUAUAUGUGCGUCCUGCUGACCGUCUUGCUCAAGGCCGCCCUCGUCGCAAACACAUGGACAAAAUAUACUGUCAUGGCGAUCCCUGGCUCAUUCCUGUUUGCCGCCGUCUUUCUGCCGGCCUUUCAGGCGCUGGCGCCUAUUAUCGGCUUUGCGACCGAGUAUCACGGUAUCGUGCCGCGCUUGUGGGCGUCACCGGUGUUCUACUUCUGCCUUGCUUUGCUACCGGUCGCUUGCCUCUUGCGUGAUCUUGGUUGGAAAUCAUACAAGCGGUUGUUCAAUCCACAGCCGUAUCAUAUUGUGCAAGAGAUACAGGCCCUCAAUCUGCCCGACUAUCGGCCUCGGAUGGCUCAAUUCCAGAGGGCAUGCCAUCGCGGAACCGCACGUAUGCAUGCUGACUGUGUUACAACGACAGGCUAUCAAGAAAGUGCGCGCUGUGCAGCACUUGCGACAGAACAACGGCUACGCGUUCUCCCAAACCGAGGGAGGGCAGGCCGAUCUGAUGAAGCUUUACGAUACCACGAUUCCGCGUCAGCAGGGCUAGCGCGAUGUAGUGCCUCGAGCGACGAGUGCAGAGACUGUACGGUGUUGUUGUUGUGUUUUCCUCAUGUUGAUGCCUCUGUGUGAUCUGUGGCCUCUUGGAGA